CCCCAGAGCCUGGUGCCUCGCAGGAUGGUGGACAGUGUGUACCGAACCCGCUCCCUGGGGGUGGCGGCAGAAGGGCUCCCAGACCAGUACGCAGAUGGAGAGGCGGCGCGUGUGUGGCAGCUCUACAUCGGAGAUACCCGCAGCCGCACAGCCGAGUACAAGUCCUGGCUGCUCGGGCUGCUGCGCCAGCACGGCUGCCGGCGAGUGCUCGAUGUGGCCUGUGGCACUGGGCCCGCUGACUGCCCCUCUCUGCCUCUCGUCCCCGGCCUGCCCAGGGUGGACUCCAUCAUGCUGGUGGAAGAGGGCUUCAGUGUGACAAGCGUGGACGCCAGUGACAAGAUGCUGAAAUACGCACUUAAAGAGCGCUGGAACCGGCGGCACGAGCCUGCCUUUGACAAGUGGGUCAUUGAGGAAGCCAACUGGAUGACUCUGGACAAAGAUGUGCCCCAGCCUCCAGAGGGUGGCUUUGAUGCCGUCAUCUGCCUUGGAAACAGUUUUGCCCACUUGCCAGACUGCAAAGGGGACCAGAGUGAGCACCGGCUGGCGCUGAAGAACAUUGCGAACAUGGUGUGUUCCGGAGGCCUGCUGGUCAUCGACCAUCGUAACUACGACCACAUCCUCAGCACAGGCUGCGCGCCUCCAGGAAAGAACAUCUACUAUAAGAGUGACUUGACCAAGGACAUUACAACAUCAGUGCUGACAGUGAACAACAAAGCCCACAUGGUGACCCUGGACUACACGGUGCAGGUGCCAGGGGCUGGCAAGGACGGUUCUCCUGGCCUGAGGAUCUCUGUUGCAGUAACUUCCGGCUCUCCUACUAUCCUCACUGUCUAUCGUCCUUCACGGAGUUGCUCCAAGCAGCCUUUGGGGGCAAGUGCCAGCACAGCAUCCUGGGUGACUUCAAGCCUUACAAGCCAGGCCAGACCUACGUCCCCUGCUAUUUCAUCCACGUGCUCAAGAAGAUGAACUGAGCGUGGCCUCAGCUCCCACAACCCUCUGCCCAGGCGCUGCCAGGCUCUGUCUGGGGAGUCCCACACCAACAGCAUCAGGUGUAGAUGCUGGGGGUGUGUGGAGGGGCCAACUGCAACUGGGGUGCAAGGAUUGGGUUUAGGCUAAUGGAAGGAUGACAAUAUAGUCACUCUUUUUCAGUUCCUGCA